AAUAUAAAGGGCGGUUCUCAAUAGACCCUAAGUCCUUCCCAUCGUUCUAACAGCGAAGGUUGUAGAAGCAGCUGUUUGAGCGUCCUAAGCUACCUAGGGUUUCCUUCAUUCGAAAAUGAUUUACGACGUCAAUUCUCCUCUCUUCCGCUCUUUCCUCAGCCAGAAGGGAGGCUCCUCCGACAAGAGAAAAAUGGAGGAGCAGAAGCCUAAGGAACAGAGACCCAAAGCAAAUGAGAAUAAGCCUGUCAUGACAGAGUAACAGCUGCUUUUGUUUACUAUGCAUGGCAAGUUGGUGGAUGGUUGUUCUUAGAACUCUGAUAUGUUCAAGAUUGAAAAUGCUUGUUGAUGUAUUCAAAUACUGUCAUAACGGUUUUUCUUUGAGAUGGAAUGAUAUUCAACUUUGUGGAUGA